AUGGGAGCCCUCACCUCUUGGCAUUCCGACCAUAUGUUAUCGGGAAAACCAGCUGUGCUUAAGACUCAAACAAUUGGGUUAUUGAGUGGGACCAAAUUCUUCUCUUGUGCUGGUGAUAUUCGCGAUGGAGAUUGCCACAUUUACAAAUUGUUAGAUGACGCAAUCUUGGAGGAGAUUACUUUGACCAAAACCAAAUUGGGAGAAAUAGAAGGUCGCCUAUUUGAAUUGCUCACCACUGUUAAAGAAGGUUCAGGAGAUGGUCAACCUUUACAAGGAACAUAA